ACAAAGAUUACUAUAAAAGGCAAACUUUACUCAAAACUUAUCUUCAAUAUACUAUGCCACUACCCUAAAUCAUUUCAUGACACCACUCUUUUCCUUUCCUUUUUAAUGCUUUCCAUUCACUCUUCUCCAACUCAAGAUACAUCAUUUAUCUCAAAGAAGCUAAUGCAUAUCAUGUAUUAACUUAUCAAUCUUGUGUGCAAAUUGUAAUUGUAAUACACUCUUUCAACAGAAAUUUGUCAUUUUACUUCAAGAAUGUCAGUUAGUACUAUUCCAGUCUCGUCUCAGGCUAAGAAACCGUUCCAUCAUAGGAACGGUUCAGACGAGCUUGGCGUGUUUGAAGCCGCUCGUUAUUUCUCAGGUGCCACUGAAAACAACAGCUUCAGUGGCACCCAUGAAUCGAGAAGUUUUAAUUACAAUACUCGGCCUUUUGGAAGAAUGAGUCUUGACAUGCCAAACCUCCAUAGAGGGAAUGGCAUUCCUUUACAAGCCAUGUUGAUGGAUAAUCGCAUGGUGAUCAACAAAGAGAAGAAGUCCAAACAACCAAGCUCACCAGGAGGGAAAUUGGCUCAUUUUUUGAACUCUCUAUUCAAGCAAACAUCUUCAAAGAAGUCAAAGUCAAAAACAAAGUCAACAAAAGAUGAAGAUGAGAGUCCUAGUAGUUGGAGGAGGAAGAGAAGGAGUAGCAUUAGCCAUUUUAGGAGUACAAACACCACCACCACCACCACAACCAUCACCGCCACCGCAACCGCCACCACAACCGCCACCAUUAUGAGUGAUGCAAAAUCUCCAUUUUCAACCUCAACAAGCUCAGGCUUUAGAACACCACCACCUUAUCAUGUAGCACACACACCUACAAAAACCACAAGCUAUAAAGACCCCAAAAGCUAUACAUAUCUCAAACCUCUUCCAACUCAAAUCACAAAAGUACCCAUCAAUGGAAACCUCAACAAGAUUGAACAUUUCACUACCAAGAGUGAUCUUUCUGACAAAAACAUGAAUUUUCAUAAUGGGCUUUUGGAGAAAGUAAAGAUUUAUGAUGAAAAAUAUAAGUUUGUUUCAAGAGAAGAUAUCAAAGAAUUCAAGAAGUUUGUUGUUGAUGAUGGUGCCGAUAGCGAUUCAAGUUCUGAUCUUUUUGAGUUAACAAACUGUGAUUUGGGGUAUUAUUCAAGUGGUUUGCCUGUUUAUGAAACCACCCGCAUGGAUAGCAUCAAAAAGUAAAAAAAAAAAAAAAAAAAACACAUAGUUAUUCGUAUCAUAUAUUUA